CUGUCGUAUAUAUUACAAUACAAUUCUUCUAACGACAUUGCCGAACUGCUUUUUCUAGUGAUGAUUCCCUUGAGGAGGACAGAGUUAGUGCAGCACACGAGGAUGAUGAUGCUGAUGAUGGUUCGAGUCCAGUUCCCCUAGUUUGCUUAUCCGUCUACUUCGGUGUCGGUUCGUCGGGGUGGGUCGGUUGUUUUGUCGACCAGUAAGCAGUUCUACUGUAUGUUCCAGGUUACUGGAUCACUGGGUCUCUUUAUCUUUCGAUUGCGGCUGGCUUCUGAUGAUCUUCGCUAGGGUCGAGAACUGAGGCGUGAGAGCGACAAGAUGGUGCAGCUGGGAUGGGAGUCGUACUUGGUGCUCGCGACCCUGAUAGCGGGGCUCGUGGUUAUGGCGGGUGAUUGGGUAGGCCCUGACUUCGUCUUCGCCCUGAUGGUGGGCUUCCUCACAGCGUGUCGUGUAAUAACAGUGAAGGAAUCCACCGAAGGAUUUUCUCAAAACGGUGUGUUAACGGUGGUCAUCCUUUUCGUAGUUGCCGAGGGAAUUGGCCAGACUGGUGGCAUGGAGAAAGCUCUCAAUUUAUUGCUUGGGAAGGCAACGAGUCCAUUCUGGGCCAUCACUAGGAUGUUCAUCCCAGUGGCGAUUACUUCCGCCUUCUUAAACAACACUCCCAUUGUGGCUCUGCUUAUCCCAAUCAUGAUCGCGUGGGGUCGCCGCAAUCGCAUCUCCCCGAAGAAGCUCCUCAUUCCACUCAGCUAUGCGGCUGUGUUCGGCGGCACCCUCACCCAGAUCGGCACUUCCACUAACUUCGUAAUCUCCAGUCUUCAGGAGAAGCGAUACACUCAGUUGAAACGUCCUGGUGAUGCGAAAUUCGGCAUGUUCGACAUUACUCCCUAUGGAAUCGUGUAUUGCAUCGGCGGAUUCCUGUUCACGGUGAUAGCGUCUCACUGGUUACUCCCUUCGGAUGAAACCAAACGCCACUCAGAUUUGUUGCUGGUGGCAAGAGUGCCUCCGGAGUCCCCCGUGGCUAACAACACUGUACGCGAAGCGGGGCUCAAAGGCAUGGAACGCCUCUUCCUGGUGGCUGUUGAGCGGCAGGGGCGAGUGACACAUGCGGUUGGUCCUCAGUAUUUACUAGAACCUGAAGAUCUUCUCUACUUCUGCGGAGAAUUGGAGCAAGCCCACUUUUACUCGAAGGCCUUUUCAUUAGAGUUGCUGACGAACGAAGCCAUCAGCGGCUCAAAGCGUGCUAACUUUCAAGGCGAAAAGCACCCGUCUGCCUUGGAAAACGGAUCGUGUGGAAGUGUCGAGGACUCGACGCUGAUUAUGCAGGCGUCGGUGAGGAAGGGAGCGGACAUCAUAGGCAAAACCUUGGAUCAGAUUGACUUUCGCAAACGCUUCGAUGUGGCUGUGUUGGGAUUGAAGCGAGGCGAAACGCACCAGCCCGGUCCCUUAAGUGAGAUGGUAGUGAACGCUAAUGAUGUACUCGUGCUGCUAGGAGACAACGAAGAGGUGCUACAGAAGCCAGAGGUCAAGGCGGUGUUCAAGGAUGUAGAGAAGCUCGAUGAGGCGCUGGAAAAAGAGUACUUAACAGGUAUGAAAGUGACGAACAGAUUUAAAGGAGUGGGCAAGACUGUUUACGACGCGGGACUUCGAGGCAUCAAUGGGCUUACCCUUCUGGCAAUUGAUCGUCAGUCCGGAGAGCACUUGAAAUUCAUUGAGGACGACACCGUUGUCGAACUUGGAGAUACUCUGUGGUUCGCUGGUGGCGUUCAAGGAGUUCAUUUUCUGCUCAAAAUUUCCGGCCUAGAGCACAGUCAAGCGCCGCAAGUGUCCAAGCUUCGGGCCGAUAUAUUGUACCGGCAGCUUGUCAAGGCAUCAGUUGCCUCCGAAAGUCCGUUGGUCGGCAAUACCGUUCGUGAGGCUCAUUUCCGAAACAAAUACGACGCUGUGGUGCUUGCAAUUCACCGCCAGGGCGAGAGACUGUCGAUGGAUGUCCGCGAUGUGAAGCUACGAGCAGGGGAUGUGCUCUUACUCGACACGGGAUCCAAUUUCGGGCAUCGCUACCGGAACGACGCAGCCUUCAGUCUGAUUUCCGGCGUGCCCGAAUCAUCGCCUGUCAAGAAGUCGCGGAUGUGGGUGGCAUUGUUUCUGGGAGCAGCCAUGAUCGCUACUCAGAUCGUGAGCAGUUCAAUUGGGGGUACUGAGUUAAUCAACCUGUUCACGGCAGGAAUUUUAACAUCUGGCCUUAUGUUGUUGACGAGAUGUCUAAGCGCCGACCAAGCGCGCAACAGCAUCGACUGGAGGGUUUAUACUACAAUAGCUUUCGCAAUCGCUUUCAGUACAUGCAUGGAGAAAUCCAAACUUGCCCGAGCUAUUGCCGAUAUAUUCAUUAAGAUCAGCGAAUCAAUCGGCGGGAUGAGAGCUUCUUACGUUGCCAUCUACAUCGCAACGGCGCUGUUGUCGGAGCUAGUGAGCAACAAUGCUGCGGCGGCGAUCAUGUACCCCAUCGCUGCGGACCUAGGAGACGCCUUGGGCGUCGUUCCCACGCGAAUGAGUGUGGUUGUGAUGCUUGGCGCCAGUGCAGGAUUCACCCUGCCCUACAGCUACCAAACCAACCUGAUGGUUUAUGCUGCGGGAGACUACCGGUUCAUGGAGUUCGCAAAGUUCGGAUUACCCUGCCAAUGCUUCAUGAUCAUUACAGUUAUCCUCAUCUUCCUGCUGGACAACAGAAUCUGGGUAGCGGUGGGGCUCGGUUUCGCGCUGAUGCUGGUUGUGUUAGGGUGGCAUCUGGUGUGGGAAUUUGUGCCUGCUUCGAUAAGGAGCAAAUUCUCGCCUGGGCGCAAAGAAAAGACUGAAAAGAUUGAACAAUGAAGAGGAUCGAUCACCGAACUGGCUGAUUCCACAUCCCCAGCAUAACAGAUUUAUCACUGUUGAUUCGUCAGUUGAGGGAUGCUGGAAGUUUACAGCUGUAUCAAUAAGGUAAUAGGUACAAGUCAGGUGGUGAAUUUUACACAGUGAAGUUGUGUUUGUGUUUUCAUAGAAAAUCUUACAGGACGAGGCGAACUUGGAAAUUCCCGAGAAAGGCCAUGAUCACAAAAAAAAAUUGCUAGAAGAGAAAUGCCUUUGUAGACAGCAAUUGUGUACUGAAUGCUUGUGGAGCAAACUGUACGUAAACCUUCAAUACGUUGAAGGAGAAAUUGUAGCAAUAAAAUCGUGAUCGUUACCACGUA